UCAAACCCCAGUCAAGUAGUUUGGAGGGUCCAUGCGACACGUCUCCUCUCUAUGGCCGGGACACUGCGUCUUUCAUGGCUGCUCUCCGUGCUCAUUGUCCUUCUGCUGGGGCUCCAGGGAGAGCCGAGGGACACGCCGCCGCGAGCCGGCGAGAGGAGCCUCACCAAUCACCAGCCGCGUAUGCUCUCAGAUGAUGGACAUCUGGUCUUCACAACCGGAGACGGCAAAGAGAUCCGCUUCGAGACGUCGGCAUCAGGCCGGGUCAAGGUGGACAAUGAGGACCUCACCCAGCUCCUGGGCCAGAUCAAAACCAACAAGGAAGACAUAAACGACAUUAAGGCCAACGGAGGAGGUGUUUCCCCUGAAGUUACCAACAAACUAAAGCAGCUGGAGAGCGAGGUGUCAACCCUUCAGAACACUGUGACCACACUGGAAUCGACUGUCCAAAGGCUGUCUUGCACCAGCGAUCCGUGUCACAAUGGAGGGACAUGUCUGAACCUACUCAACUCGUACUACUGUCUUUGUCCCGGUAACUGGGCCGGUCUCAACUGUGCAACGGACGUGAAUGAAUGUCAGCUGUAUUCAGGAACAUUUCAGAGUUGCCAGAAUGGAGCAACCUGUGUCAACAGCCCCGGCUCAUUCAGUUGUACGUGUUCUCCCGAAUGGUCAGGCUCGCUCUGUACGGUGCGCUAUGAUGACUGCAGGAAUGCGGGACAGGAUCUCUGUGCACACGGCACAUGCAUCGAUGCAGACCGGCUCACAGCUGGACAGCCUAAGUACCAGUGCAUCUGUGAGAGUGGCUGGGAGGCUCCAGCUGGGAACCCGUCCUGCGUGUCGGACGUUAAUGAGUGCAACCUACCCAACAAACCCUGCUCCACCAACCCUGCUGCUCCCUGCUACAACACUCAGGGGUCCUUCUACUGCGGCGCCUGUCCGGCUGGUUGGCAAGGCAACGGCUACAGCUGCCAGGAUGUGGACGAAUGUCUGACUAAUAAUGGCGGGUGCUCCUCCACCCCUGUGGUGCAGUGCCUGAACACCAUGGGCUCCUUCCACUGCGGGCCCUGUCCCCCAGGCUACGAGGGCGAUGGCAGAGCGUGCACCCAGACCAACAUGUGCAAUAACAACAAUGGAGGCUGUUACCCUUUGGCCACCUGCUCCUUCAGUCCAGGCACCAGCCUCCCUGUGUGUACCUGCCCUCCAGGCUACAUAGGCAGUGGUUAUGGACCAACUGGUUGCUCCCAGACCAGCAACGCCUGCCAGACGAACAGCCCCUGUGUCCACGGACAGUGUGUGGCCACCACCUCGGCUCCUGGAUACAUCUGCAUCUGCAGCUCUGGGUGGGGAGGAACACAGUGUGACCACGAUAUCGAUGAAUGCCUAAGUGACCCCUGUCAGAAUGGAGCAACCUGCACCGACGGCAUCGAUGGCUUCACAUGUACCUGCACUGCCCAGUGGACCGGUCCUCUCUGCCAGAGCGCCCAGCAAGUGUGUGGAGGCUCCCUCUCAGGCCCCGCUGGUUCCUUCAGCUAUCCCAACACCCCGGGUCAUGAUGAAUAUGAGCACCAGGUCAGCUGUGCCUGGGUGAUUCGCAUUGACCCCAACAAGAUUCUGCGUGUUACAUUUCCUUUCUUUGAUCUGGAGAGCAGCUCCAACUGCAACUAUGACUUCCUUCAGAUUCACGACGGGGACAGUGUCUCCGCUCACAUGCUCGGAAAAUACUGCGGCCCAAAUAACCCGCAGGAGCUCCACAGCUCCCACAAUGCCCUGUAUUUCUGGUUCCGGUCGGACCACUCCAGCAGUGCUGGAGGCUUCACGGUUGCUUGGCAGUCUCAGGACCCAGUGUGUGGAGGCGAACUGACUGCCAGCUACGGCAGCAUUAACUCGCCGGGUUACCCGGGAAACUACCCGCCUGGCAGAGACUGCUACUGGACGGUGGCCGUGCAGCCGGGCCGCCUCCUUACCUUUGCAUUCGGGACUCUCAGUCUGGAGCAGCACCCGGACUGCAACUUUGACUUCCUUGAGAUCCGAGACGGCCUCUUGCCUGGAGACACAGUUCUGGGAAAGUACUGCAGUACUGCAUUACCUCCCCCCAUGCAGACCACUGGCCCGGCUGCUUGGAUCCACUUCCACUCGGACUUCAGCGUCUCUGACCGAGGCUUCCACCUCACAUACACAACGUCUCCAAGUGACCCCGGCUGUGGUGGUACCUUCACUGACAGUGAGGGCAUCAUCAUAUCCCCCAACUGGCCCAACAACUAUGCCCACAAUCGCCAGUGCAUCUAUCUGAUCAGGCUGCCAGUGGGUGAGACGUUGGCCCUCAACUUCACUCACAUGAACCUGGAAAGUCACAGCAGCUGCACGUUUGACUACGUGGAGGUGCGAGAUGGACGCGUGGAGACGGAUCCUCUCAUGGGGAAGUACUGUGGCAGCUCUCUGCCAGCGCCGCUUCUCUCAUCAUCCAACUCGCUCUGGAUCCGUUUCAGGUCCGACAGCUCGGUCAGCCUGGCUGGUUUCAGGGCCGUCUACUCAGUAGUUUGUGGAGGUGUUUUGUCUGGGGCUGGGCAGCUCGGCUCCCCCUACCACCCGGACCCCUACCCCCACAAUAAGGUCUGUGAGUGGGUGAUUAACCAGCCAGAGGGCUCCGUGGUCACUCUGCGCUUCCUGUCAUUCCACGUGGAAGGAGGUUCCUGCACCUUUGACUUUGUAGAGGUCAGGGACGGCUCCACAUCCAACUCUCCUCUGCUGGGGACGUUCUGUGGAGCAGAGGUUCCUCCCAGGCUGCAGUCCACUCAGAGAUCCAUGUACAUCCGCUUCAAGACCGACUCGUCCGUCAGCAACCGCGGCUUUGAAGCAGCCUAUGACUCGGCCUUGGAGGGCUGUGGUGACGUCCUCACCAGCCCUUCAGGCACCAUCACAAGCCCCGGUCACCCCGGCAGCUACCCCCAUGGCGCCAACUGUACCUGGUACAUCAGCGUUGCCCCAGGCAACCUGGUCCGGCUGUCCUUCGACUCCUUCCACCUGGAGUACCACAUGAACUGUAACUUUGAUUACCUGGAGGUGUACGACAACGGCACUGUGCAGACAGGAAGCAAGGUUGGCAGGUACUGUGGGCGCUCGGUGCCUCCUUCCAUCACCAGUACCGGCAGCCUGCUGACCCUGCUGUUGGUGUCAGACUGGAGUUUAGCCACUGAGGGAUUCUCCGCCAGCUACGUCUCUCUCAACGCCACCACAGACUGUGGAGAGACCUUCACCUCCUCUACAGGCUCCUUCAGUUCACCCAACUACCCCGACUACUACCCCAGCACCAGGGACUGCGUCUUCAAGAUCACCGUGCAAGUCAACAUGCAGAUUAUGCUGAACUUCAGCCACUUUGAGCUGGAGGGCUCCCCUCCUUCUUGCAACUUUGACUUUGUUGAGAUCAGGGACGGUGGCUACGAGACGUCUCCCCUGAUCGGUAAGUUCUGUGCCGCUCAGGGACCCCCGGUGCUGGUGUCCCAUAGCAACCGCCUUUGGGUCAGAUUCCACUCGGAUAGCAGCGUCGCCUUUGGGGGAUUCACUGCCCACUGGGACGGCACGCAGACCGGCUGUGGAGGGACGCUGAGCACGCCAUCGGGAGGCUUCUCGUCCCCCAGCUACCCGCUGCCCUACCACCCCAACGCUGAGUGCUACUGGACCAUCAGGACCAACCCGGGCAGCCAGCUCCUCCUGUCCUUCUCUCAUUUCCACCUGGAGUCCAGCUCCGCCUGCGCCUUCGAUUACCUGUCUGUAUAUGACGGUAACAGCACCGGUGGUCCACAGCUGGCCCAGUUGUGCGGCAGUCAGCUCCCCAGCAGCAUCAGCUCCUCCAGCAACCAGCUGUACAUCAAGCUGCGCACCGACGGCAGCGUCAGCGCGGGGGGCUUCCUCGCAUCCUACACCUCCAAAUGCCGCGUGCUCGUCUUGAACCAACACAAAGGAGUGGUGGAGUCACUGAACUUCCCCAACAACUACCCACACCACUCCGAGUGCAGCUGGACCAUCCAGGCCAGCGCGGGGAACACCGUCAACUACACCUUCACCGCCUUCCAGCUGGAGGCCACCUCCAGCAGCUGCCCCUUCGACCGGAUCACGCUCUUUGACGGGCCCAACGAGCAAGCUCCUCUCAUUGGGACCUUCUGUGGCUACACGCCCCCCCCGGCCAACCACACCACCAGCUCAGCUCUCACUGUGGUGUUCACCAGCGACUCCGCCGUGUCCUCGUCUGGCUUCCAGAUGAUGUGGCACCAGAAUGGCUGUGGUGGGGAACUCUCUGGUUCCACGGGCUCCUUCAGCAGCCCAGACUACCCCAACAGGUACCCCGAAAACAAGGAAUGUCUGUGGUACGUGACCACGGCGGCUGGCAGCAGCAUCACCCUCACUGUCCACGAGUUUGACGUGGAGUUCCAUCCUGACUGCAGCUACGAUGUGCUGGAAGUGUUUGGAGGCCCAGACCUGUUGGCCCCUCAGCUGGCCGAGCUCUGCAGCACCACGUCCAGUCCAAUGCGCGUCUCCAGCACCGGCAACCGGCUCACAGUGCGCUUCAAGUCCGACGCCUACGUGAGCGGUCGGGGUUUUAAUGCCAGCUGGGCUGAAGUUCAGGGAGGCUGUGGAGGACCUGUCACUGCUCCAUCGGGGGAGAUCCAUUCUCCUUGGUAUCCCAGCAGCUACCCAAACAACGUGGACUGCUCCUGGAUCAUCAGCGUGGACCCCAACCAUCGCGUCUUCUUCAACUUCUCUGACGUGGACAUUGAACAUCAUAGCAACUGCUCCCGGGACCACGUGGCUAUCCACGAUGGUCCAACCACUUCUUCUCCUCUGCUCGCCCAAGUGUGUGGCAGCAGCCUUCCUCCCUCCAUCACCUCCACCCAGAACACCAUCUACGUUCGCUUCAGGUCUGACUUAAGCCACAACCAUCGUGGCUUCAGUGCUCGAUUCUCUCAGGCCUGCGGUGCAACUAUCAUAGCGGAUGACAGCGGUGGGGCCAUCGUGUCACCUCGGUACCCGGCGUCUUACCCACCCGAUCAGAACUGUAGUUGGAUCCUGAGAGCGCAGGAACCAUUUAACCACGUGACUCUGUCAUUCACUGACUUUGAGUUAGAGAUGAUUAACUGGAACUGCUCGCAUGAUGCUGUGGACGUCCUGGACGGAGACAACUACCAGGCGCCUUCUAUAGGGCGCUACUGUGGCUUUGAAAUACCUCAGCCAGUGACGUCCUUCAGUAACUCCAUGGUGGUAAACUUCAUCUCCGACCACUCUGUGUCCAGUAAAGGGUUCAGAGCCACCUUCUCAGCAUCCACCUCCAGUUGUGGAGGAGAUCUAGUGAUGGAGAGCGCUGCGUUCAACAGUCCGAACUAUCCAGAUGCUUACCCGCCUGAUGUGGAGUGUGUGUGGACCAUCAGCAGCUCUCCAGGGAACCGCCUCCAGCUGUCAUUCAUCCUCUUUAAUCUGCAGGGAGACGCUGGGUGUCACAAUGACUACGUGGAGAUCAGAGAGGGCUCCUCCACGGGGGCUCUGGUGGGCCGCUUCUGUGGCAGCUCGCUGCCCUCUAACUACACCUCUGUGAUUGGUCACAUCCUGUGGGUCAAGUUUGUGUCCGAUCCGUCAAUCAGCGCAGCAGGAUUCAGAGCCACCUUCUCACACCUGUAUGGCAAUGAUGUGGAGGGGGAGUCUGGUCAGAUAGCGUCGCCGCUGUAUCCCAGAACCUACCCCAACAAUGCCCACUACCACUGGACCAUCACUGUGGACAGAGGCAGCUACAUCCAGAUCCGCUUUGUGGACAUGGACAUAGAAGACCUGUACGACUGCAACUACGACCAGCUCAAAAUAUUUGAUGGCCCUGACGUUCAUCACAUCCCCAUUGGAGCGUUCUGUGGUUUGGCCCUGCCCCCCCCCUUAAGGAGUUGGGGGAGCACUGUGACUCUGCAGUUUACCACCGAUUCAGUGGUGGGGGGACGAGGUUUCCUUGUGGAGUGGACCGCUGUCCAGGACUCUGGACCACCGCCCACUAUCACACCAGGGGCUUGCGGGGGGGUUCUAAUGACGGGGGACACUCCUGGCUUCCUCUUUUCUCCUGGAUGGCCGGACAGCUACGCUCCUCACCUGGAGUGUACCUGGUUGAUACGUUCUCCAGACUCCACCAUAGAGCUGAACCUCCUCUCUCUGGACAUAGAGGACUACCCCGGAUGCUACUUUGACAGCCUCGUCAUCAGAGACGGUGGGAGCAGUCUGUCCCCCCUGAUGGCCACUGUGUGUGGUCCAGAUCCCCCAGCUGCUCUCCACUCAACAGGAGACUCCAUGUUCAUCCACUUCUCCUCAGACGCCAGCAUCGCUGGCCGAGGCUUUAAUGCCUCCUACUCCAAAGGUUGUGGGGGCCUGUUGCAUGUAGACAGAGGGGUGCUGAGCAGUCCUCAGUACCCCCACAACUACCUGCCCGGUCUGAACUGUAGCUGGCAUGUGAUGGUGACCACAGGCUUCAGGGCUUCCGUCACCUUCCAGAGUCCGUUCCAGAUUCAAGGCUAUGGAACUCAAUGCAGCUCUGGAGACUACCUGGAGCUAAGGAACGGUCCAGAUGGUUCAGCUCCACUACUGGGGGGACGUCUCUGUGGUUCAAGUGUGCCAUCUCUGUUCCAGACUACUGACAACCACCUCUUUAUUCACUUUGCAUCUGAUUCCACCAAUGAGGCCACUGGCUUUAAGCUGACCUUUGAAGCCCACAGUCAGGCAUGUGGAGGCUACAUUGAGCUAGAUGGUAACGAUCCUCCAGGGUACAUCACUUCACCAAACUAUCCCCAGAACUACCCCCAGAACAUUGACUGUAUUUGGGUCAUAACUGUGCCCAAUGGAGAAGCUGUCCAAAUUGACUUUGAGGAAGAAUUCUACAUUGAGCCCACCAACAGCUGUCUGUAUGACUACCUGGAGCUGCGGGAUGGCUCAACAAUCAACACUGGUUUCAUUUCCCGCCUCUGUGGAAACACCCGGCCAUCCACCCAACAUUCAACAGGUGCCUCCAUGCUCCUCAGGUUUCGCACCGACGCCAGUGUCGUGCACAAAGGCUUCAAGGCAAAGUACUCGAUAGCAACAUGUGGAGGUACCUAUAUAGGUCAGAGGGGUACGAUCCACAGCCCUGGUUUCCCAGAGGCCAACUAUCCUGACAGCUCCAGCUGUGAGUGGUACCUGGAGGGGCCCACAGGGCAUUACCUCACCCUUAGCUACGGCAACCUCAGCCUGCAGACCACUCAGGGAUGCUCUGCUGACUAUGUGGAGAUCAGAGAGUACAAUGCCUCAGGGCGCCUCCUGGGCCGACACUGUGGGAGUCACCCUCCGGCUUCCGUUGACACAUCUGACAGUUUUGCCUAUGUCAGGUUUGUAAGUGAUAACAGUGGAAAUGCAGCUGGCUUCAGUCUGACAUUUGAGGCCAGCAUUGAAGUCUGUGGAGGAGAGCUGAAUGCCCCCUCAGGGACGAUCUCCUCUCCCAACUACCCCAACUUGUACCCACACAACCGGGUGUGUCGCUGGGAGCUGGUGGUGUCACCAGGCCGCCGGGUCACACUCACCAUGGAGGACCUGCGGCUGGAAGAGUCUGCUGCUUCCUGUGCAUUUGACUACGUUGAGAUCCUCAACGGGUUGUUGGUCGAUGCCCCUCUGCUACACAUAUUCUGUGGUACAGUACCAGCAGGCACAGAGGUGCGCUCCUCCGGCAACACAAUGACCGUUGUGUUCCACACUGAUGCCUCCGUGUCCAAUGGGGGCUUCAUGGCUUCGUACUCCUCUGAGGAGCCUGCGGAAUGUGGUGGGAUCUUGAACAACCCAGCGGGUGGAAACUUCACUUCCCCUGGAUACUUAGUGUCCAACUACAGCAACAACCUGAACUGUGAGUGGCUAAUCCAGAACCCACAGCACGUCAACUCCUCUAUCGUGGUGCUGAUAGAAGAGCUGCACCUGGAGAACCAGCAGACCUGUGAGUCCGACUACCUCCAGCUGCGCCUUGGUGACUCAGAUGGGGAGCUGCUGGCCAAGUUUUGUGGGCAGACCACUCCCAGAAUUCCCAUUGUAGUCUUUACCCAUGAGCUAUGGGUCCAUUUCAAGACUGAUGCCUCCCCAGGGAGAUGUGGGCUUCAGGGCAAGUACAUGUUCUCUGAGUGUGGAGGCUUGCAGACAGGUGAAGGGGGACUGGUAUCCAGUCCUAACUACCCCAACACAUACCCCAGCCCCAGUCGCUGUGCUUGGCUACUAGAGGCUCCAAUAGGACACACUAUUACAUUGACCUUCAGCUAUUUCAACCUGGAGCCGCACUCUCAAUGUGGCUGGGACUCCGUCACCGUUUUCAAUGGAGGAUCCCCUGGCUCUCCUGUUAUUGGCCAGUACUGCGGGGGCACCUCCCCAGGCACUAAACAGUCCGGAUCAAACAAGCUUGCUGUAGUCUUCCUGGCCGACCAUAGUGUUUCCACAGGAGGCUUUAUGGCGUCCUGGUCGGCUGAUUCCUCAGGCUGUGGAGGGGUGAUCCAUGCUGACAUGGGAACUAUCAAGUCUCCAAACAAUCCACAAGAAUUCCCAGCCAAUGUGCAGUGUUCCUGGUGGAUCAUUGCUCAUCAGGGCAGCCACUUGGAGAUGAGGUUCAACUCUGAUUUCCAGAUUCCAAACAGCACUGCGUGCAAGGGCAGCUACAUCAAGGUGUGGUCAGGUCAGACCCAAGAUGCUGAGGCCCUGCUGUCAACAGGCUGUGGCUCAGUGGCCCCGGGAACCAUCGUUGCUCCAUAUAACAUCCUGACGAGCCGAUUUCAGGGAACAGGAGCCCCUGGCAGAGGGUUCUCAGCGUCCUUCAGCACCAGGUGCGGAGCAAACUUUACAGCUCCUAGCGGCCGUGUGGUUUCUCCCAACUACCCUGCCAACUACCCCGACCACUCCAACUGCAACUACACCAUAGACGCUGGAGAGCAGUCUGUGGUCGUGCUCACUUUCCAGGUCUUCCAGGUUGAAGCACAUUCCACCUGCCAGUAUGACGGGCUGAAGAUCUACAGCAUGGCUACCGGUGGCCGUGCUCUCGCCACCCUCUGUGGUAGCAGCGUCCCGGGGCCGUUCUCCAGCUUCGGCCCCAUGUUACUCCACUUCUACUCUGAUUCUGUGAUCUCUGACCGGGGCUUUACGGCAGAAUACAGAGCCAUCCCAUGUGGUGGUUUCUUCAACAGCACAAUGGGUACAGUCAGCAGUCCAGCUCUGUCCAUGACCAACUACCACCACAACAUCAACUGUACCUACCACAUCGUGGUCCGCGCCAACACAGUGGUGGAUAUCAAGUUUAACACCUUCCACCUGGAGGCAUCUUCAUCCUGCCGCUAUGACUAUGUGGCAGUGUAUGAUGGACAGGACAUCUUGGCGCCUCUGUUGGGGAAAUUCUGUGGUUCAGUGCUCCCACCUGAUCUGCGUUCCUCCACCAACCAGCUGUUCAUUGUCUUCAAGACCGAUGCGUCAGGGAACGGCAUCGGCUGGAGGGCUGUUUACACGGAGACACUCGGUCCUGCACAGGGAUGUGGUGGCUACCUGUCCAUGCCCAUGGGCAUGUUUGGUUCCCCAGACCCAGACCUGGACGGGCGCUAUGAGCCCCGGAUGGACUGCCGGUGGACCAUUGAGCUGCCGGUCAACAGGGCCGUCAACCUGACGUUCAACUCCUUUGAGGUCGAGAGCUCCUCCACGUGUGUCUACGACUACGUCAGAGUGUUUGAUGGAGACAAUGAGAACUUCCCUCUGGUUGGGACAUUCUGUGGAAACUUUGUUCCUGCUCACUUUGUAUCGAGUGGAAACUUCCUGACUAUUCGCUUCGUCACGGAUAGUUCAGUGCAGAGACGAGGCUUCAACGCCACCUACAGCGCCGUGCCGCUGGUCUGCGGCGGGACUCUGAACGCCACCACCACCAUCCAGAGCCUGGUUUCGCCUUCCUUCCCCAAUGGCUAUUCUCCUUAUACCUCCUGCCGCUGGGUGCUGGAUGCUCCGGCCCAGGAAUCCAUCAAGGUUUCAGUCCAGACCUUCGUGCUUCAGCCCAGCCAGAGCUGCUCCACAAACUAUUUGGAGAUGAAGGACUGGCCGGUGGGAGACGACGGGCAGUCACAUAAGUUCUGUGCAUCAGAUGGUCCUCCACCAGACUUCUACAGCUACAGCAGAACCGUCCUCGUGCACUUCAAAUCUGACACCUUCAUGACAGGAAAUGGCCUGAUGCUGUCCUACCAGAUCGCCAGUUGUAGCCGGACCUAUGAGCAGGAAUAUGGCUACCUGAAGAGUCCAGGCUGGCCGGACAUCUACCCCCACAACAUGGACUGCACCGUCAUCCUGAAGGCACCACACAACUCCUCCAUCUCCUUCUUCUUUAACUAUUUUGAUGUGGAGAGCCACAGUCACUGUGGAUUUGACUACCUGGAGAUCCGCGAUGGCGGUGAAGCAGACUCGCCACUGAUUGGUCGGUUCUGCGGUAACACCUUGCCCAGUCCCAUCUUCACACCAUCCAACCUGCUGUACUUACGCUUCAAGAGUGACUUCUCGGCGGCCCGCGAUGGAUUUGAUGCCACAUGGACGUCCUCCCCUCACGGUUGUGGCGGCACUCUGUACGGCGACCACGGCUCAUUCUCAAGUCCAAACUACCCGGCCACCUACCCCAACAGCAGCCACUGUGAAUGGGGCAUCGAGGCCCCGAGAGGUCGCGUGGUGACCAUCACCUUCGCCCAAAUCAGUAUUGAUGAUACUGGAGAUUGCCAGGACAACUUCUUGAAGUUGUAUGAUGGCCCAGACGCCACGUCACCCCCUGCUGGACCUUUCUGUGGAGUGGAAAGCGACAUCGCUCCGUUCACAGCCUCCACCCACCAAGCGUACGUGGUUUUCCGAGCCCAGUACGCCAGCCAACCUUCAGGUUUCAGACUCUCCUGGAGCAGCUGAACGGACGCCUCCAGAACCAGUUUCAGACCUGCUGUACAUGUAACCGAACCACUGCCAAUCAGAAUAAUAAAUGUGCACUAACAGAA